AUGGAAAUCACUACUGAUAAGGGCCAUGAAGGAAAUGAUAAUAAAAAUGGGUAUGUGCCAUUUGAAAAGGAGGGAGAGUUAAUACAACCUGCGAAUGAGGUAGCUAAGGAAGAAAAGGAAGGAUCAUAUGUGCCUCUCCCGCCAUAUAAACCUCAUAUCCCGUUUUUGCAAAGAUUAGUGAAAACCAAGAUUGAAUACCAUUUUAGGAAGUUUGUUGAGGUUUUGAAAAAGUUGUAUAUCAACAUCCCUUUCACCGAGGCGUUGUCACAAAUGCCAUCUUAUGCCAAAUUCCUUAAGGAAAUUAUAUCAAACAAGCGGAAACUUGAAGAUACCAAUACUGUAGUGUUGACAAAAGAGUGCAACACUGUUAUCCAAAAUGAACUGCCUCUAAAAUUAAAAGAUAUUGAGAGCUUUAUAGUUCCCUGUGUUUUAGCAAUGAUGAGUUUUGAAAAAGCUUUAUGGGAUCUAUGGGCGAGUGUGAGUUUGAUACCUUUGCCCGUCUAUGAAAAACCAGGCCUUGGUGGUAUGAUGUCCACUAGAAUAUCUCUGUAA